AUGACUAACUCAACGAGUGAUAUCAGCGAAAAGUUGCUUAGGCAUGAUGCAUGUUCAGAGACAGAUAUGAAGGCAUCAAUUGAAAAACAAGCCGUACCAUCAAACUCCGAACCGACAGGUGGAAGCUAUUCCAAUUCGAUACCGGCCAACUUUUAUGAAAAAUUGUUUGAAGAAGGUAAAGUAUGGACCCAUGGGUAUCUUCACGGGCAUAUUCAUAGACACAAGGACCACACGCAUAUCCAUGGACAUAUUCAUAAUCACGAUCACGACCAUCAUAAUCAGGGCAUACUGGAAAUAGAAACCGUUGAUACCGGGUCGAGACCCAUGGAAGAUGGCCUAGAAGCCUGUAAUGAGUUUGAUGAUAUUUCGCUUUGUAAGGACAUUUUCUGUGACGAAUUAGAUGAUUGUUUCUAUUUACAGUGUGAUGGGACCAAAGAGAAGGAGAAGGUUGCAUGUACAAGUGAUUGCGUAGCAGAAAAUUUAGACCAUAAUGGACACCAAGAUGACGCUUUUGAUAAGAAUGAUGAUUGCCAUAGAAAUGAGGUGAAGUGCUGUGAGGAUCCUAACUGUUUGGGAGAUUCAUCUGAUUCAAGGGCCUAUACAGUUUGUAAUAAUCCCGCUUGCAUGGAACCUCAAAUGGCUACUAAUUCUUCAUUUGAUUGUUGUAACACAUCAGAGAAUGACUUCUAUAACCAUGAGAAUAAUUUAUGUGACCUACAGAUGUCCAAGAAGCCAAUUUUCGAAAAUUUGAUUAUCAAGGCACACGAUAGCUUAGAAGUAAAUGCUGAUAACACAGAACCCAGUUUGAAAAGACAAAAAUUACUGCAGGAAAAGAAAGCAACUAAUAAAUACUUUCAAGUACAUUUUCCUCACGUAUGCCAUCCUACACCAGAAAUUCAGAAUGAAUUCACCGCCGCAAAUGAACAAAAUGGUUUAGCAGCCGAUCACCAUCAUGUACACCAAUCAUGCUUUCAUGCUUCUAUUCCGCUUGAUGCUUCAGAGGAAAACAUGUCGAACAAGACUUAUAACGAUAAGCCAAUGUCGGACUUUGACUUUUUCAUACAAUUUAAUAAUUUUAAACAUUUGCUUGACUUAUUAAAAGAUAAUGGACAAGGGGACAAUAACAAAUUAUCCAUGUUAGAAGAUGCGGAAGUGAAUGAAAUUGGCCAGCUGACAGGCACCUCCACGUCUCCAAAAUAUUCGUGUCAAUGGGACAAUUGUUUCAAAACCAUAAGUGAUGGGACAAUUACGAGACAUGUUCUUGAUCAGCACAUUGGUCAGGAAUAUAGUACUGGUAGCACUAUAUCAAAAGUAUCAGAUUUCAAACCAUAUCAAUGUGAAUGGAAUGAAUGUAACUACAUGAAUACUGAUUUGGAUUCAUUAAUAGACCAUUUGAAUUGCCAUAAGAGAAACGAAAACAUGUUUCAUGAUAAUGUUAAUAUGCUAACUCCUAGUUCUACAGACAAAUCAAAUAUACUGUCUCCAAACAAUCCAAUUUUAUCGCAAUCAAAUCAAAGCCCAUUAAAUGAUAUCAAUAUUACUUCGAUUAAAUUCUCACCACAGAAAAAGAAUAAAGCUUGUUGCAGCGAGAUAAUAGAUCCACACUUUACUUGUAAGUGGCAAAUUGGAGUCGAUAGUGUUACAGGCGAACCAAUCACUUGUAAUAGAACUCACCUUUCAAGCGGUGACUUGCAUACUCAUUUGGUUGACGACCACAUUGGACUGGGAAAGUCACUGUAUGCUUGUAAUUGGGUCGGCUGUGAUCGUCAUAACGGUAAAGGAUUCCGUCAGAGACAAAAGCUUCUAAGACAUAUUCACAUCCAUACAAAUUUCAAACCAUGUAAAUGCGACAUUUGUGGUUCUACCUUUGCAGUCGAUUCAAUGUUGAAGCAGCAUUUGAGAAUUCAUUCAGGUGAGAAACCAUUCACAUGCUCGAUUUGCGGCAAAACGUUCGCGACUGGCUCAAGUUUAUCAAUUCAUAAUAGAAUUCAUACUGGUGAAAAGCCUCUUAUGUGUAAAUGGCCUGGGUGCGGUAAGAGAUUUAGCGAAAGCUCGAAUUUGACAAAGCAUAUGAAAAUACAUUUGAAGGCUUUCAAUUGUGAAAUUUGCGGAGAGCAAUUUGAUAAGAAGACCAAUUAUACGAAGCAUAUGAAACUACAUAAGAAGGAUGAUACUAUAGCCCCUGUGGCUUCUAUAAAGAGUGAAGUUCCCGUUUAA